AGUUGAUAUAAACCGAUGUGUUCUGUGCACAGGUUUUCAAACCUAGUAUUACCAAAUGUAUAAGCUCAGCUUGAUAGGAUAAUUUGUACUUAAAUAACCCGACAUUCUGAGGAUAGUGGAAUAAUAAUAGUAUACCAGGUACACUAUUUAAUCGUUAAUUUUUGCAAUGAUUGGUCACAUUUUACAAUCCGUUGAUAUAUUUGUUAUUUUAACAUUUUUGAUUGCACUUUUCGUAGCUUACAUUCUGUGGAACAAUGUGACCCGCGCUCAUUAUAACAUUCCAGGACCUACUCCGUGGCCGAUUGUCGGCAAUUUACCUGCAAUGGCAGCUUCUUUCUUUCAAAACAAAAGUUCUCGGAACAGAAGUGAACAAUUUUUAAAACUUCAGAAGAAAUACGGAGAUUUAGUGUGUCUCCGAUUUAGAAACUCUACACAGGUUCUUGUGUUCGGAUACACUAAGAUUCAUAAAGUGUUGGUCCUAAAUGCUGAUAAGACAAAGUUCCGACCAACCAAUGCAGCUGUUGCAAAGAAACUUUUUCCAAAAGAAGCAGGAGUUGCCAUGAGUAAUGGACAGGAAUGGGUGGACCUACGAAGAUUCACUAUGGUCGCCCUCAAAGACUUUGGUGUUGGUAAAAAAUCAUUAGAAGAAAAAAUACAGGAAGAGGCACGAUUUCUAGUAGAACUGUUUGCAAAGCAAAAUAAAAAACCUUUUGAUGUCAGCAAAGUCUUUUCAAAGGCAACGUCGAAUAUAAUAUCAAGUAUAAUUUUUGGAUCAAGAUUUGACUUUAAUGAUCCAGUUUUUAACCGUCUACUUGGAAAUAUAGAAUAUUUAUUCAAAACUAAUGCGGCAGCGGAAACUAUGAUACCUUUACCUGCUUUUCUAAAUCCAUUUAGUAAGAUAAAAACGAUUGUAAAGAAUCGGAUGGAAAUUCAAGAGUACAUUCGUUCCAGAAUAGACAACGAACGACGAUCGUUUGAUCCAAACAAUGUUCGACACUUUUUGGAUCUUUACCUUCAACAGGAAGGCAAGUCUAACACCAAAAUAUCAGAGAACCACCUGUUUCUCACUAUAGCUGAUCUGUAUUUAGCUGGCACCGAUACAACAUCUGUUACAUUAAAAUGGAGCAUGCUUUACAUGAUAAAAUACCCCGAUGUGCAGAAAAAGUGCAAAGAUGAAAUUUUGGAGAUAAUUGGUGAAGAUAGAGAACCAGUGGUCAAAGAUAAGGAUAAUUUACCUUAUGUAAUGGCAACAUUACACGAAAUACAGAGAAUAGCAACUAUAGUACCCCUUGCUGUACCACACCUUGCAGUUGAAGACAUUGAAAUCGAUGGAAUGACAAUUCCAAAAAAUGCUGUUAUCUUUCCAAGCUUGAUGUCAGUACAUCGUGAUCCAACUUUAUGGGAGGAACCGGAUGUAUUUCGACCAGAAAGAUUUUUACAAAAUGACAAAUUUGUUAAAAAAGAAGGAUUUUCUGCCUUUUCAAUGGGUCCUCGAAAUUGUUUAGGAAAGCAAUUAGCUGAAUCAGAACUUUUAUUGUUAUUCGUAUCCAUAUUACAACGAUUUGAUCUGUCUAAAGCUGAUGAAAAUGAUGAAUUACCAACAGUAGGUACAAUGACUGGGAUAACACAGCAGCCAAAGAACUUUCAAAUGUGUUUCUUACCAAGACAUUAAACUGAAUCUAUUGUUAGUCUGUUUUCUAUAAAUUUGAGAAAACGAUUAGAUUUGAAUUUCCUGAUUAAUUAUAAAUACACAUUUUAAUAAU